GAGACCUCGCUGUACCGAAAGGAUUCCGGGCUGUGUUGGGCCGGACCGGGUGGGUAAGUUGCUGGCUGGGUCCGGUCCGUCCAGCGCUGUCGGGAAAGAGGCUGCCUGGGAGGUCAUACCGCGAGCGGAGGCCGGCGGCGUGCCGAGAGCCGGGGACUCGAAGAGAGCGGCGGAGUCGGGGAGGGGUGGGUGCGCCUGAUGUCCGGGGCCCGCAGGGAGCCCGGUUCCCGUCGCCCUCGGUUGCAGCUUCUGGGCUCGCGUUCGCGUCCCUCUUGUCCCUGGAGGAGGGUCCAGGCUGGUGCUGGGGCGAGCAUGGCAACUAUCAAAAGGAAAUAGGAUCAUGGCAGCAGAUGAUGAAAAUGGUGAUGGAACAAGUUUAUUUGAUGUCUUCUCAGCUUCUCCUCUUAAAAAUAAUGAUGAAGGUUCUCUGGACAUAUAUGCUGGGUUGGACAGUGCUGUUUCUGAUAGUUCUUCCAAGUCCUGUGAACCAUCCAGAAAUUGUUUGGAUUUGUAUGAAGAAAUUCUUACUGAAGAAGGAACUGCAAAGGAGGCAACAUAUAAUGAUUUGCAAAUAAAAUAUGGAAAAUGUCAGCUACAAAUGAAAGAGCUGAUGAAAAAGUUUAAGGAAAUACAGACACAGAAUUUCAGCUUAAAAACUGAAAACCAGUCUCUUAAGAAGAAUAUUUCGGCACUUAUCAAAACUGCUAGAAUGGAAAUACACCGCAAGGAUGAAGAAAUUAGUAGCCUUCACCAAAGAUUGUCUGAGUUUCCACAUUUUCGAAAUAAUCGUAAAACUGCAAGGACGUCAGAUAUAGUUAAAACAAAAGACUUUACAUCCAGACCUCCCCAUUUGGAUGAUUGUGCAAAGACUGAUCACAAGGUGCAAUGUGAUAUUUCUAAAGAUGGACAUCAUAGCACUUCACUCCCAAACAUCGAAAAGGAAGUAAAACCGCAUUUGGAAAAAAAAAGCACUUUGCAUUUGCCUUCAUCUAUUGAAAAACACUGCACCAAUGGCAUUUGGUCACGUUCCCAUUAUCAGGUUGGUGAGAGUAGCUCAAGUGAGGAUAAUAGAAGAGGGAAGAAAGAUAGUGGAUAUAGCUAUUAUAGUAGAGGAACUGAUAGAAUACGAAAAGACUUAAACACUAGCUGUGGUGAUGGUGAACCAAGGAACUCAGAGGCCAGUCCAAGGCUACAAGGACGUUCUGAGAAAUAUGGUAAAAGUGAAUCAAAGACUGAAAGCAAAAAUUCAAAGUUUAAAAGUAACACAGAUUUGGAUUAUAAAAAUGAACGCUUUGGCUGUUCCUGGCAGAAGGAGACCUUUAGAGAGAGGUCACAUACUCGAGUAGAAUCUCAGAGCGAUAGAAAACUAGAGAGGCAAAGUGAAAGAUCACAAAAUAUAAAUAAAAAAGAACUUAAAUCACAAGACAAAGAAGAAAGAAAAGUUGAUCAAAAACCCAAAUCAGUAGUAAAAGACCAAGAUUAUUGGCGAAGGUCUGAACGAGUAUCAUCUCUUCCUCAUUCUAAGAAUGAAAUAAAAUCUCAUAAUUCAAGUAAAUACCAUCUAGAAGACAGAAGAGACAGGGAAGAUGGUAAAAGAGACCGGGGUGUAAGUAAUCAUAGUUUUCAAGAAGGAAGAUGUUCAUCCUCCCUUUCAACCAGUAGAACUCACAAACACAUUGACCCCAAGGAAGUUGAUGCUGUGCACCAAAGGGGAAAUACACCUUUAGAAGCAGAAAGGCAUAGAACUGAAGAUAAGAGGAAAAGAGAACAAGAAAGCAAAGAAGAAAACAGGUAUAUGAGAAGUGAAAAAAGAACAUCUAUGGGACAUUUGCAGAAGAUUAACAAAGAAACCAAGCAAACCACUACUGAUUUAAAGAGACAGAAUGGACUGAAAAAUGAUAAAGGUGAAGUUUCUAAUAAUGAUGUUUCUGAACGCACAGAUAAUAAAGACCUUGCAAUUAAAGCCGAGAGUGGUCCAAAUGAAACAAAAAACAAAGACUUAAAGUUGAGUUUUAUGGAAAAAUUGAACUUAACUCUUUCUCCUGCUAAAAAGCAGCCUAUUCCUCAGAAUAAUCAGCAUAAAAUAACCAAUACUCCCAAAUCCAGUGGCAUAUGUGAUUUAGAGUCCUUGGUACAGGAUAAAACAGUGAUAUGUGUUCCCUCUGUGAGUGAACAUAUCACAGAGGAAACCAAAUCAAAGUUAUUGGAACCAGAAGAUGCUCUUGCAACAGCAUCAUCUGAACCCAGGACCAGUAUUCUGGAAAGGAAAACGGAAGAAGAAAAUAGUUUGUUAAUUAAAUCUGUUGAGAAUACUACGCAGUGUGACUUGCCCAUUUGUGGUACAGAGACUUCUUCUUCAGUACCUGUGGAAAUGGAACAAGCAGGAUCUUUGUUUCCUUCAGCAGCAGAAAUGGAACAAACCAUUAAUGGUACAAGGACAGCAGUACCUGUGGCACUGGACAUACUACAAACAAAUGUUUCUCAAAACUUUGGCAUGGAAUUGGAUACCAAAAGAAAUGACAGUUUAAAUUUGUGUAAUAUUUCUGAAGUUACGGAAAUGAAGGAGGCUUUUUCAACAAAAGUUGCCAAAUCCAAUGAAAGCAUUUUGCAGCCUUCAAUUGAAAAAGCUGACAUUUUGCCAGUAGUCCUUUCAGAAGUUGGUAAUCCAAAGUUCGAGCCUUCUCUUGUAGAAACACCACUGGUUGAGAGUGAGUCUUGUCAUCUGGAGCCUUGUUUACCUAAAGAGACUCUAAAAUCUUCACUUCAGCAUACUGAGUUAAUGGACCACAAAAUGGAAAUUGGUGAAACAAACUCAGUAUAUAAUGAUGAGAAUUCGGUUCUGAGCAUUGACCUUAAUCACCUAAGACCUAUUCCAGAAAUCAUUAGUCCUCUGAGUAGUCCAGUGAGACCUGUAGCAAAAGUACUUAGAUUGGAAAGCCCCUCUCGAGUUCCAUUAUAUAACAAUCAUAAAGAUGUGUUUCCACCAAAUUCAGCUCAUUCCACCUCCAAGAGUCAGUCUGAUCUCAACAAGGAAAAUCAAAAGCCCAUUUGCAAGUCUGACAAAUUUACAGAGGCAGACUCUCAUAAGAAUUCAUCUUUAGUUGAAUUAGAAGAAGGAGAAAUUAUAAGCGACAGUGAAAACUCUAAACUACAAAAUGGUUUUGAAGAAAUUGCCAAACCUAGAGCUUCUACUGAAGGGCAGAACAGAAAAACUAGUCCAGGAAAUAAGAAAAGUACUGUGCAUUUGGAUAAAGACAAAAGGAAAACAUCUAUGAAAGUUCAACAGACCAAAAGGAAUUGGAAUAAGAGACAGAGUGAAUCUAGCAGGUCUUCAAAAACAGAGAAAAAAGAUAAGACAAUGAGCACCUCCGUUCUGGAAAAAAUAGUUCCAAUUAUUGCUGUACCUUCUUCUGUACCAGAGGUUAUGCACAUGUUACGAAUGAUAAGAAAACAUGUAAGGAAAAACUACAUGAAAUUCAAGAUUAAAUUUCCAUUAAAACAAUUUCAUAGAAUUAUUGAGUCAGCAAUUUUGAGUUUUACAUCACUCAUUAAACACCUUGACUUAUCCAAAAUCUCUAAGUCAGUGACUACUUUACAGAAGAAUCUUUGUGAUGUUAUAGAAUCCAAACUUAAGCAAGUUAAAAAGAAUGGCAUAGUGGAUCGGUUAUUUGAACAACAACUACCAGAUAUGAAAAAGAAAGCAUGGAAAUUUGUAGAUGAACAACUUGAUCAUUUAUUUGCAAAGCUUAAGAAAAUCUUAAUAAAGUUUUGUGGUUUCACAAACUUUGGCAGUGAUAGUGAUGAAGGGAAAUUGGACAAAAGUAAAGAAAAACUACAAUAUUCAAAUUGUCAGAAGGGGAAUAUGGUCAACUCCAGCAAAGAAAUGCCGAAAAAGAAAUCCUCAAAAUCAGAAGAUUCUUAUUACAGGGACUCACUAGGAUGUAAAAAAUCUGAGGUGAAAAAGAAAUCCUCAAAAUCAGAAGAUUCUAUUUAUUACAGGGACUCACUAGGAUGUAAAAAAUCUGAGGACAAACAUCAAGACCAAAAUAACUCUGAAAUUAACACAUUAAAGAAUGACAUUAAAAAAAGCUUUAACACUUGCUUUGAUAAUAAUAUUAAAUGCCCUCAAUCUGAAGAGCAUUCCUUGGAACUGAACUGUCCGAGCACCCCAAAGCCAGGAAAAAUGGAAGGCACCACUAUAGAGGAUACACAGACAUCCCAGCAUGCAGCUUUGAAGCCAGAACGCUGUUUUGAGAUUCUUACUGAACAGCAAGCAUCUAGCCUCACUUUUAAUUUAGUGAGUGAUGCACAGAUGGGUGAGAUAUUUAAAAGUUUGUUGCAAGGUUCUGAUCUUUUGGACAACAGUGUUAACUGUAAUGAAAAAAGUGAGUGGGAGUUAAAGACUCCAGAGAAACAGCUGUUAGAGAGUCUUAAGUGUGAAUCUAUACCAGCUUGUACAACAGAAGAGCUAGUUUCAGGGGUGGUUUCUCCAUGUCCUAAAAUGAUUAGUGAUGAUAAUUGGUCAUUAUUAUCAUCUGAGAAAGGCCCAUCUCUGUCUUCAGGGCUGUCGUUGCCAGUUCAUCCUGAUGUGUUGGAUGAAAGUUGUAUGUUUGAAGUCUCCACUAACAUAGCUUUAAGUAAAGAUAAUGUAUGCAGUUCAGAAAAGAGCAAGCCCUGCAUUUCUUCCAUCCUGCUUGAAGAUUUAGCAGUAUCUUUAACAGUACCAUCACCUCUGAAGUCGGAUGGUCAUCUCAGUUUUUUAAAGCCUGAAGUUUUGUCUAGUUCAACUCCUGAAGAGGUUAUUAGUGCCCAUUUUAGUGAAGACGCCUUACUUGAGGAAGAGGAUGCAUCGGAACAAGAUAUUCACUUAGCUCUGGAGUCUGAUAAUUCGAGCAGUAAAUCAAGUUGUUCUUCAUCAUGGACAAGCCGGUCUGUUGCUCCAGGCUUUCAGUACCACCCUAAUCUACCCAUGCAUGCUGUCAUAAUGGAAAAGUCCAAUGAUCACUUCAUUGUGAAAAUACGGCACACAGCACCACCUACUCCCUCCAGUCUUAUACAGAAUAUGGUGGCUGGUGAGUCAUUGACAUCUUUGCCCAGAGUGGGAAAGGAAACUGAUGAAGCAGCAGAGAAGGAAUGUAUUUCAUGUCAGAACACAGUUUUUAAAUCUGUGGAAGAAUUGAAACAUUCCAACGAAAAUGUUGACAGCAGUAAAUCAGCUCAUGAAGAACAGGGUUGUAUGAUACAAACACAGGUUCCUGAUAUAUAUGAAUUCCUUAAAGAUGCUUCUGGUAAAGUGGAUCAUAGUAAUGAAGUGGCUGAUCAGUGCUUCAAGUUGCAUCAAGUAUGGGAACCAAAAGUGCCUGAAAGCAUUGCAGGAUUGCCUGCCAUGGAAGAAAUUCCACAUUCUGUCGAGGGUCAUCUUCCAAACACAUAUGUAGACCUCACAAAAGAUCCAGUCACUGAGACUAAAAACUUGGGGGAAUUCAUAGAAGUAGGAGUUUUAAACAAUCAGUUGGGAUGUUCUGGUAGCAAUUUGGAUCAAAAUGCUCAGAUAUUAGACAGUGUGCAGCCCGAUACUGUAGAUGCUUUUAUUGAUUUGACGCAAGGUGUUUCAAAUGAGAGUAAAAGUGAAGAUAACCAUCCUGCUUUAGCUGUUGGACACUUGGAGUGUGAGGUGUUUUGUGUAGAUGAAGGUAACUGUAAGGAAAAAAAGGUGCAAGUGGCAAACGAGUCUUUGGAAUGCAUGGUUGUGGAAAGCUGUAUUGAUUUGACCUCAGACUCUCCCAGUUCAUGUGAAAUAAAAAAGGAUGAUUUAAAAUCAGAACCGGAAUCAAAUUCUGAUAAUUUAGAGUUGCCUGUGGCUUUGGAUAAUGCUCACAAAAAGAGGAAAAAACUUUCUAAUCUAAAUCAUUCUUGUCAGAAAAAACAGAGAAAGGAAACGGACUUAAUCAGUAAGGAAAGGACCAAGAAAAUUACCCAAAAUUCUGGUGAGAAUGGAGAAGCUCACCAAAGGAAAGCCAGUAAGAAAAAGGCCCCUACAGUGAUGAAAGAUCCUUCAUCAUUAAAGGCAAGCCCCAGGAUUAAGGACCACCCGUCAGCAGCAUCUGGCACUUCUGUAAACCUUUCUGCAAAGAAUAUUAUUAAAAAGAAAGGAGAAAUUGUAGUUUCAUGGACAAGAAAUGAUGACCGGGAAAUUUUAUUGGAGUGUCAGAAAAGCGGGCCAUCAAUAGAAACAUUUUCUUAUGUAGCUGCCAAGUUGAAUAAAGAUUCAUCUCAGGUCUCAGAAAGAUUCCAGCAACUAUUGAAGCUCUUUGAAAAGUCAAAAUGCAGAUAGUUGCUGAAUUCCUUGGAGUCUCAAUUGAUACUGCAUACUACACAGAAGCUUGGAAUUCCUCAUGUUUUAAAUGGGGAUGUAGAGGGCAGUUUUAUGACAUGGAUUACUAGAUUAUCUACAUUUGUUAUUAAUUGCUGACUCUUUACUCUCAAGUCAGCUUGUUCCAGUCAUCAGUAUGAUUUGCUUAUCUCUUAUUAGUCAAGAAACUUAUUUUUAAACAGGUUAGAAUUUGUUAUUAAGAUAAAAGCAACAACAAUAUAAUAUU